AUGAGCUGCUUUUAUGAAGGAUGCAGUAAUAAAGCUGAAAUGUUUUGUGCUUGUAGCUCUUCUGAAGUAAUGAUCUGUGGAUCCCAUAUGCAGGACCAUGUGAAAGAUUCAAAAGAAACAAAGCACCCUUUUGAGUCUCUAUAUGUCAAGCCAGAUCUUGGCUUAAAAACAUUUAUCAUCAAUCAGAUUGAUAAUAAAAUCAAAACUUUAGAUGAACAAAAAUAUACUGCAAUAGAAGAAGCUCUCAAAAUUUUUAAAGAAACCAAAAUGAAAUUAGAAGAAAGCUUAUUAAAAAUUAGCAGAGAAAUUGGGAAUCAGAAAAAGCUUAAAUUGGAAAUCAUAGCUACAGAAGAAAUUAAUAAAUUACAUCCUGAGCCAAUUUUAGCAGUUUUUGACGAAUAUAAUGCAGAAUAUGCUAAAAGCAUUGCGGGGCAGUCUAUUGAAAAUGAAUGCACGCUUUCAGUUUCAGCACAAAUAGAUUAUUCCUCAUUUAACCUUCUUCACCUUCUAUCAAAUCACUCAAUGAGCGUCAACUCAGUUUCAUUUUCUCCAUCAGGAAAUUACCUUGCUUCAUGCAGCUCAGAUCGCUCAAUAAAGAUCUGGGAUUUAUCUAUCUAUAAGGUUAGGUUAAUUAAGCCUUGCUUAGAUCAUACUCAAGACAAGCAUUGAAAAAGACUUGUUUAGCUGCGAGGGAACCUCCUGGAUAUGUAAAUAUUCCACUUGCUUCCCCUUUAAAUUGGAACAAAGCAUUGGGGACAAAAUCCAAUCGGAACACAAAUACCAAUUACCUUUAGGCUCUGUUUCCUGCUUAGGUCACACAAAGGUCCCCAAACUUUAGCAAUUCAAGGAGAAUGCGAGCCGGUCUUCCACAUUAUAUUUGUAUGCUAACCUAUAAGGUAUCAAAAGAAAUCAGAGGGUACAAUAAAAGCGACAUUCUCUCAAUUUCAUGGUCUAAAUGUGGAAAAUACCUCGCCACAGGCAGUAUAGAUAAAUCAGUCAAAAUUUUUGACGUCGAAACUUCUCAAUUAAUUAAGGACUUUAAAGGUCACACAAUGGAUGUCCAUUCAGUCUCAUGGGAUCCAAGCUCUACAUUUUUGGUGUCUGGAAGCAGAGAUAACACUGCUAAAAUAUGAAAAAUAGACAGAGAUACCCAAUUUGGAGAGUUAAAAGCCCAUAAAGGCUGAAUCUGGUGCGUAGCUUGGUCACCAUGUGGAAAAUAUAUUGCAACUGCAAGCGGGGACAAUUCGGUUGGGAUAUGAAGUUUUGAUAAUUUUCAGAUGAUUUAUCAAUUAAAUGGCCACACAAAAUAUGUAUUGGGUGUCAAUUGGUCUCCUUGUGGAGGAUAUUUAGUUUCUGGCAGCAAAGACCAAACUGUUAAAGUGUGGGAUUUUAAAACACAAAGCAUUUUAUAUGAUUUUGUAGGGCAUAAGGGAUGAAUAUGGUCAGUAUCAUUUUCACCGUGUGGGAAAUAUGUAGCUUCUUCAAGUGGAGAUAUGACUACAAAAAUAUGAAGCUUAGAGACACAAAAAGAAAUUAACCAGCUUAAAGGACAUAGCGACUAUGUUUAUUCUACAGUUUGGUCACCCGAUGGGAAAUAUUUAGCUUCAGCAAGUGCUGAUAAAAAAGUUAAGAUUUGGGGUUAA